AUAAACAUCUAAUGAAAUUACUACUGCUUGAUAUUCUGAUACCCACAAGUAAGAAGAAAGGAGGAAGUUUGAAAAAUAAAAUGUCACAAAUUGAAAAAAGAGAUACCGGACCAGACGAUGAGGUCUCCGUGGAAACUAUUACAGUGAAAGGAAGAACAUCAUCAGAAAACCAGCACGCUAUAAGUAAAGUAGAGAUUCAGCUGGCAGCAGCCUAUGUUUCAGAUGCUCAGUACAACAGGAACAUUCUCUUUGACAGAUCGCCAGAGGGCAUCAGGCUGUACAGAUUGUACAACCACUGGGGCUUGCUUUCAAUUACUUACAUUUUUAUUGUUGUGGAUCUUGCACUCGCUAUAUUUGAAGAGCCAGCCGUUGUUCCUUUGCCUAUAUGGGCUACAUCAUUGGUAGAGUUCCUGUGUCUUUUGGUCUUUACAGGGCGUCUGGUUCACUUUGCAAAAGUUAUUCCCCGAAAGUCUUUCUGGAAAGAUGCAAAAAACAUUUGCAUCAUAGUCACGAUUUUACUUACACUAGUGGAUAUGAUUAUUUACGGGUCACUUAAAGUGACAGGGUAUUAUGGGGCCCGAUGGUCUCGAGUAUUACGGCCUCUCUUCUUGGUCAACAUCACUGAAAGUCGACAGGUACGAAGAGCAUUCCGGAGUAUUCGAAACACUUUGCCACAAAUCCUAUAUGUCUUUUUGCUAUUUAUUUUUAGUGUUCUCAUGUUCUCACUUAUGGCCCUGAAGUUGUUUGGAAAAAGAAACUAUUUAACAAUUGAAGGAAAGCCAUAUUUUACAAACUACUUAGAAGUGGUCUUUAACCUGUAUGUUUUAGUGACCACUGCCAACAGCCCAGAUGUCAUGAUGCCUGCUUAUAACAACAAUACAUGGUUCUCCAUCUUCUUCAUCCUGUAUAUUAUCAUUAACAUGUACGUCUUCAUGUCUGUCUUCCUGGCCGUCAUCUACAAUAAUUACAAGAAACACCUCAAGGAAGAGGUGAAACAGCUGGUCAGCGUAAAGCGCCACAAGAUGGUGAAAGCCUUUAAAGUCCUGCAAGUGUGCGAGGGAAAUGAGUACAUCGUCCGACAAUCCCACUGGAACCAGCUGGUGAAGAUGGUUGAGCCGAGUAUCAGCAACGCCUACAGAGAGCUGCUGUGGAGUGUUUCGGAUGAUGAACAGAAAGGCUACAUAGGAAAAGUUGCCUUUGUCCAGUUGGCUGACCUUCUGAAUAUUCGAGUUAUUACAACGAAGGCCCGGAUUCACCCAUUACAAACCUGGCUGCCAGACCUGUACCAUUCAGCAGGGAGCAGACUCAUACAUAAAAUGGUUCAGCACAAAGGGUUUGUUUAUGCAUACGACCUGAUUAUUCUGAUAAAUGCUGUGUUCAUUGGCAUGGAUGAAGAGAAUGCGAUCAUUGCCUAUGCUGAAUGGGUGUUCCUGGGGCUGUAUCUGGUGGAGAUAUCCCUUAAACUUUACACUUAUGAGCCCCGACUGUUUUUUGCAAAGCACCAGUUUUGGAACUGGUUUGACACCAUCAUCAUAAUUGCAGCCCUGGUUGCUACUAUAGUGACCUCUGUACUGAGAUCAUCUGGAGGUUACAAUAGUCAGCAAGUACUUGAUAUUGUCUUUAUCUUAAGGGUCCUGAGGCUUAUUCGAAUUGUUGACAGCAUCAAAAGGUUCCGUUCUAUUAUCAAUACUCUGAUGAACAUUGGACCCACAAUGCUUACUUUCGGACAACUUGUUGUAGUGGUGUAUUAUAUAUUUGCUAUCAUUGGGAUGGAAAUAUUCAAGUACAAAAUCAAAUCUUAUAGCCCAGAUUCAACUGACCCUGAAAGUGAAUUCUGUGGAAAUAUUCUAUUGAAAGACUCCAAGUUUGCAAACUAUAAAUACUGUAAGAAUAACUUUAACAACAUUGUGUCUUCAUUCAUCCUCCUUUUGGAGUUGACUGUUGUCAACCAAUGGCAUGUUCUGGCCAGCGGCUUUACAAUGGUAACCCAUAUUAGCGCAAUAUUGUAUUUCAUCAUUUUCCAUAUUGUGGUGGUCAUCAUUAUCCUCAACAUUUUUAUAGCCUUCAUACUGGAAGCUUUCUUUGUGGAAUAUACUGUAGAAAAGAGUAAUGUACAGACUUCAAUUGAAAAGAAAAUCCAAGAACUUCAAUUAGGGAUCCAGGAGGACCAGCUGGAAGGAACCAUGUGCAAUGACAUGGAAACGCCCGACAAUGACCUUGGGCCAACAGAAAACACGAAGGUGAAACCUACUCUGAUGUUUGAGAUAGCUUCAAAAAGAUACAGGACCGCUGAUGCCUUGCUGCAGCACAUAUUUCAGGCAGACCUCAGCCCGGAUGACGACGGAUCCCCUUUGGAUGAGUCUGAUGAAGAUUCUUUACCAGCUGACUUCAAUUUCCAAAACCCAGCCUUUGACAGUGUGUGACCAAAAAAAAAAAAAAAAAAAAACUGAAAAGGGAUUAUUGUUGUUGUUGUUAUUAUUUUAUGAAACCGUCCAGGUCUUAAUGUACAGCAUUGUGCAUUUUUAUUACUUAUCAUUACUUUUGAUAUUUUAGAAGAAGAAAGUUAACAGUUAUCUAAAAACAGCCAGCACAUAAGCUGAAUUUAUUCUGCAGUUUCCUUACGUAGCUGGAAGGUGACCCAGAGCUUACCUGUCUGUAGCCUGCAUGCGUCUAACAGGUGUUCUGUGACGUACUUCCUUUACUGAUAUUAAUGCAUCUUUCUACAUUUUUGGCAGAGAGAUGAGGUAAUAUGUUUUCAGCUUGAAACCUGAUUCAAGGCAGCACAAAGACAGCAAUGUGUUGACGCCAAGAUGGUGCGGAUCGUUUUCCAGCAGCCUGAAGAAAUUCUCUGCCAAUUCAGAAUUCUUGCUAUUGUCAGAGAACGCUAACACACAAAUAGAAACCAGUUGUAUUUGAAAGCAAAAUUACUACGAUACCAACGACCUCAACAAGUAGUAGCAGAAAGUAGCAUUUUUAAAAAUGGAUGAUGUUCAAUUUUGAUUUAUUGUAAUAUGUCUUAUAAGAGUGAAUUCCAUGUGGAUCAAAGCUUUAUCUUCUUCGAAUGCUAUCCUUGCAAAUACCAGUUGUUAAAUCUGUGUCAAUAUAUUUUCACUGAAAAAGGAGUAAUCUUUAAGAAAGAUUUAAUAUUUAGAUCAUGUGCGUUUUUCUAAUAUAGAGAGAGAAAAAAAAGUGGAUAAUGUUUAAUAAAAAAUAUGUAUGUAGUUAAAACAUGAUGUAUACUAUACUAUUAUUGAUAAUAGUAUUGAUUCUUUAAAAUAUACUCUGAACUCCAUCUUAUGAUAAUGGUUUUCUGUAUCAUAUAUACUUUUCUUUUAUAUGCCAUAUAUGUUAAAGUAUUGUAAAAUACAUAAAGAAAAUGAAAUGUAUUAUGUAUUUAGUAAAAUGUGUUACAUUACUGUACAAUGUGUUAUGUUUUCUACUAGUGGUAAAACAGGGUACUCCUUAAU